CAAGUUCUUUCCUUUUCUUCCCAAAUCAACCAAUUCUGGUAUCAAUUCAUCUGGGUCGUCCUAGUUUCCUUGAAAUUUGUUCUGGGUUCUCCACUUUUGGGUUACUCCUCUUCAUCAUCAUCAUCAUCAUCAUCUUCUUCUUCUUCUUCUUUUUCUUCUUCUUCUUCUUCCAGUGCUUGUGUUGGAUUCUGUCUGUCUGAGUUCUUGUACUGGAGUCUCAAACAAUGACAUUGAUUGCUUUUGGCUUCCUUUUACUUUAAAUGAUUCUGAUGAAAUUGACUUGUGCGCUGUUGAAGUUGAGAGACUUGAAUGUUCAUAAUCUCCUUCAAUCUAUAGUUAAAUUUGCUCGCAUGAUUUCUGUAUCUCUGCUGACAAAAAUUCAAGACAGGUGGACAAAAGUCAUCCUUAGCUUCUCAGAAUUGCACAUUAGUUGUUUGUCAUUUGUACAUUGUACUCAUUCAGUAAAACUUCGUACUUCUCAUGCAUGAAGGAGUAGCUGGCAAUAGCAAUUAGACUUUUGCUAUGCCUUAUUUUUCUUUCCUGGAUAGUUAUUAUUUCUGUUGAAAUGCUGUCAUGUGGCGUACGGGUUUUAUCUUUGUGUUUCCCAAUCUCUCUAUGAUCCUGAAGUCAUUUGCAGUUCAGCUAUAGGCCAUAUCAAAUGUAACCAAAGUUCUAUGAGAUUGCAGUCUCUGCGUACUAUACGUGUCCCACAUUAAUCAAUGGAAUUCCUGUUCUUUAAAAGGCUUCGGAGAGAUAAUUUCUUUCUUCUGCAUUUGUGUCAAUAUAUUUUGUCUCAGGUAGCAUUGCUCUUGCUUUUGGCACUGAGCAAUGCAAUCGAGGCAAGUGGCGAGGAGAGCGAUGGUGGGCUGUGUGACUACAAGGUGGCAUUGGAUCCUCGGCCCCACAGUGUGUCCAUCACUGAGUUUGGGGCUGUAGGGGAUGGGAAAACCUUAAACACCAUUGCCUUUCAAAAUGCGAUCUUCUACCUCAAGUCGUUCGCGGACAAGGGCGGUGCCCAGCUCUAUGUUCCCCCUGGCCGGUGGCUCACGGGCAGUUUCAACCUGACGAGCCACCUCACUCUCUUUCUGGAGAAAGGUGCUGUAGUUCUUGGGUCUCAGGACCCAACUCAUUGGGAUGUUGUCGAACCUCUGCCCUCAUAUGGGCGGGGGAUUGAGCUUCCUGGAAGAAGAUACCGAAGCUUGAUAAAUGGAUAUAUGUUGGACGAUGUCGUAAUAACGGGUGAUAAUGGGACAAUAGAUGGGCAGGGCUCAAUGUGGUGGAACUGGUUCAACAAUAAGACAUUGAACUAUAGCCGGCCCCACCUUGUUGAGUUCGUGUCAUCUAAGUCAGUCGUCGUCUCUAACCUCACAUUCUUGAAUGCCCCUGCCUACAACAUCCAUCCAGUCUAUUGUAGCGAUGUGCAUAUUCAGAACAUUUCGAUUUCUGCUCCACCCGAGUCCCCAUUCACAGUCGGUGUUGCCCCAGAUUCUUCUGAUAAUGUGUGCAUAGAAGAUUGCACUAUUAGCACAGGAUAUGACUCGAUCACCCUUAAGAGCGGAUGGGAUGAAUAUGGCAUCUCCUACGGUAUGCCCACCACUAACCUGCACAUCAGGCAGGUCCACCUCCAGUCUUCUGCAGGGUCCACCAUUGCCUUUGGGAGCGAGAUGUCAGGUGGGAUCUCCCAGGUCCUUAUCGAGGGGGCGCACCUUUACCAUUCGUCUAGUGGGGUUGAGUUUCGGACCACGAGGGGCCGAGGAGGGUACAUUACGGACAUAUCCAUAUCGGGCCUCGAAAUGGAAGAUGUCCACCUUGCAUUCAGUGCCACAGGCCAGUGCGAGACACACCCUGAUGACAACUUCGAUCCUUUUGCUCUUCCAGCAGUCAAUAAAAUCUUCAUACAGAAUGUGACAGGGAAAAACAUCUCCAUUGCUGGAGAGUUCACCGGAAUCAGGGAAUCACCUUUCACCUCCAUCUGCCUAUCAAACAUCACCUUGUCCAUCACUUCUGAAUUACCAGCCUCAUGGAGCUGCUCCAAUGUGUCUGGACAUUCCACCUCGGUUUCUCCUGAGCCCUGUCCUGAGCUCCAAGUUGGGGUCCCCUGCUUGAACUCCUCCUGGUCGGGGCGCAUAUUCAGUCAGAGUUCUAGCAUCGGCCGUGCAGAAGCCUUAUAGUAAAAAAAACCAAUCAUUCGCAGCAAAGGAAACCAAAUCGACAAAUUCCAAGCUUCAUUUGGGCCACAUUCUUUGCAAUAAGCCCGGUACAUUCCAAAGCGCACAUAUUGUUUCUCCAUAUUCAGGUUCCGCAUAUCCCUUAAGCUGUAGUAGUCUUCAAGUGAAUUGUUUGUACAGCUCUCCCAUUUCUUUCAUUCAUGCUGUAAGGAAAGUUUUGGUAGUGAUUGGAUUGGGAAAAGGAUGGUUCUUCUCUUGUGUUCUUACUAGAUUGGUGGUAAAGUUCGGUUCUUCGGCAUCGUCAUGAGUUCAGGUUUCAGUGUAAAUUCUGGUCUAAGGGAUUUACUUGAUAUGAAAUGAGAAACAGUGGUAUAUAAUUUGAAGGGAAUUUCCCAGUGAAUUCA